GCGAGCUCGCGGCGGAGAGGAGCGUGCGCGAGACUGGGGCGCAGAAGGCGCGCGCGGGGUGUGGCGGAGGCGCCACGCAGAUGGGGGAGCGCCGCCGUAGCACUGGGAAGAGUGUCAACAAAGACCAUCUCUGUGCCGACUGAGUUGCAAGGCCGUGAGCAAGGAGGAGCAGUGUAAGCAGACCGUCAGAGGAGCUCUGGGGAAAAGAGCCCCCUCCCCCUUGAUGAGAAAAUUGAGGCUCAGAGAGACCGGGUGAAUUGUUGAAGAUCACACAGCUAAUAAAUAGCGGCACCAGGACCGGAACUUGGCCCACAAGGAUGGAAACGGACUACCUGAAGAGGUGCUUUGGAACCUGCCUGGGCCAGGCACUGGCAGAGGUGGCAAAGGUUCGGCCCAGUGACCCCAUAGAGUACCUGGCUCACUGGCUUUAUCAUUACAGGAAUACCUCUAGAGCAAAAGAAGAGGAUAGCCGAGAGAAGAUCCGGCUGAAGGAAGAAUACGAUAAUAGCCUCAAAGAAACCGAAAUGACAGAAAUGCUGAAGCAAGAAGAGUGUCAGAUUCAACAGAAGUAUGAUAAGUGUCACCAGCCACUGGUAUCUGUAGCUAACUCCACAAUGAAGACUGUAUUCAUACAAGAGAACACAAAACCCGUUGAGAAGGAUGGCUUGAGGCAAGAAUCUUUGCCAGGCACUUCCAAUAUGGUUCCCGGAAUGCCUCAAUAGAUUCCUUCUUGAGAGACAUCUGGCCAGGCUGACUGCAGUGUUGAAACUCCACAAGAAAUAAAUUCCUAGGCUUUUCGGCAUAAAAUUGCUCCCAGAAUGCAUCCUGGCUCCAAAUCUCCUUAAGUUAUCAAAAGGUGGCUGAUUCUCAUGAUGCUUCUCUCAAAGCUACAAGCUCAGAAAGGGGCCAGCUAGGGCUCUGACUGAAGAUGGUAACUAUGUGAAUUAAACCAAAAUUUGAGGGACUGUGGAGGGGGGUGUCUGCAGGGACUCUCCAGCCAAAGUUCUGUUCUGAUAGCCAUGAAAACCCCUUAAUCAUGUAAACAUUUCAACUACUGAUAGGAUAAAAUAAA